AUGGCUUUCAGCAAGGUAUACCGCGCUACCGUCUUCGCCAGGAGAAAGGAGGGCGUGACCCAGGAAGAAUUCUCCCGUCGCUUCGCUCGUCACGGAACGUUGGCCGGUCCGGUGAUCAAGAAGCACAACGGCAUCGCCUACAUCCAGCAUCACGUUUUCGACGUCUAUGCCGAAGAAUUCAAAGAAAAGAUUGGGCCUGAGAUGGCGCCCUUCUUCAACUUCGCCCAGGCCGAUGGGAUCAACACCCUCAUCUUCCCGACUAUGGAUGACCUUGUCGGUUUCUUCAAGGACCCGGCACACGAGGAGACUCUGAAUACUGAUGUCGCCGAGUUUGCCGAUCCAACAACGGUCACCUUUGCAGUUGGAGAUGAGAAUGUGGUUAUCAAGGAUGGAAAGUUGCUUGUCUAG